AUGGAGAAAAUGAAAAUAGUUUUGUGUCUAGUUUUAAUAUUUUAUUGUACUUUAAAAUGUACAGAAGCAACAAAAUUAAAUUACCCAAGAGUGUUACUUCCAAUAUUUGAUAAAAUUUCAGUUAACUUCACUCUUGAAGUGAAAGAAAAAGGAUGUUUUAAAUGGACAUCGUCGCGUCAGGAUUUAAUUCUGAUCACUCCGCUUUAUGAAGAUGCUGAAAAUGAAUGCACGCAUAGAGCAACAGUCACCGUAUUGUCACGUGAACGUAGACGCAAUACUGCAAUAGUACUGGCAGAAGAUGUUGCCAGUGGGGAGUCGCUACGUUGUGAUGUCAUUUUGGAUGUCAUUGACAAAUUAAGCGUCAUUACCACAACAAGACAGCUUUUUUUGGAAGAAGCACCGGAAACAUUUGUUAUUCAUGCAGAAGAUUCUCAGGGAAAUGCUUUUACAACACUCGAAGGUGUUGAAUUCAAUUGGGAUAUUUCGUCUUUGAAUAAAGACAAUAAGGAUUGGUCGCCAGCAUUAAGAUUUUUAACAUUUACUGAGAGUUCUUACCAUGAAGUGCCCGAAGCUUUGGAAAAAUUUGAAGCUCAAGGCCUUAAAGGUUAUAUGGUGUUAUUGGAGGGUAUAAAUACUGGUACAGCAAAGGUCAAAGUUAAUCUACUUUAUCCGGAGUACAAACAUGUUCAAGCACUACAAGUCUACAUCAAUGUGUUGGCCAAUAUACUUUUAGAACCCUCCGAUGUGUAUAUCUUACCUGGGGAUACUGUUAACUUCCGCAUAUUACAAUUAAAAAUGGGCAGGUUACAAGAGAUCUCACUAAACAAUCAGUACUUUUUGGAAAUAGAUGAUGGAAAUGUUGCCAGUAUAAAAGGCACAACAGGAACAGGCCUUAAGGCUGGACGUACAAUGGUUGUUUUACGUGAUCGCAAUGUUCCAAACGAUGGAAGUUUCGCUGCUGGCAACGAACAUACAAAAUCCUCAGUACCCAGUGCAAGAAUUACUGUGGCCAAUCCCACAAAAAUCGGACUAAGUCUGUUGCCAUAUAACAAUUGGAUUACAGUUGAAGGAGAAAAACAUGAAAUUGCUGUUGAUUUGUAUACGCAUGAUGAUCACAAAAUUACUUUGGGUUCCCGUUUUUCGGUAAGCUCCGAGUUAGACGAAAUGCUCUUCUUAGUGAAUAAGCGCAGUAAAAAUGGUUCUCGUAUAAAUGGUGAAGCGAUUAGAGAAGGUACAACUCCAGUCUAUGGCUCAUUUAAAGAUUUGACAGCACAAGCUGAAUUACAAAUCUUCAGUGAAUUGACCUUGAAACCAAACAAAGUUAUUUUACCAUUCGAUCCAAAUGUCAUAAAAACACAAAAAAUACAAUUGCAAGCUCAAGGCGGCGAUGGUUCCUACAUUUGGAAAUCUCAACAGCCACGUCUUUUGCAAAUAAAUCAAAAUGGUUUGGUCACCACGGUGAUACGUGAUACGGAUGCCAAACGUAAUUUGGACACUUUUGACACCUCUACCGGUUCACUGUUAACCGCCCAUGGCCAUAUUAAAGUGGCCUUGGCUAAAAACCAAAAAAUAACCCGCCAGGCUGAUAUUUACUUUGUGCCACCAGUAAAGUUGGAGAUCCUGAAGUAUAAUUUUGAGACUGCACUUAAGGAUUAUGUGCAUCUUCAUGUGGCUAUGUAUGCGUAUGUCAACAAAACUCUGAUGCCGUUUACAAAAUGCGAAAAUCUCAUGUUUGAUUUUGAAUUUUCCAAUCAAAUCUUCCAAGUAGACUACAACAAUGUUGAUGUUGAAAUGGCUCCAGAUGCCUGUCAAGUAGUACAUUUACGCAGUACUGCGGUCGGUCUAUCACAUUUGAGAAUGUCAUACAAGUUCCAAGAUAAAGUUUUAAAGGAUGAAGUUACCCUCAGUGUUUUCGAACCGUUGACAAUUCUAAAUCCCAUUGAAAAUCAUGUUGUUUUGCCUAUUGGCGCUUCACGCAAUGUCAUCUAUUCAAAUGGUCCUCAGAAGAUUUACACGUUAGAAGCGGAAUUGACAAAGGGCACAGAGUAUGACUAUAACAUUGCACGUGUUUCGGAAAUUGAAUUUGAUACGCAAAAUAAUUUGUACGCCUUCAGUGUCUUGUGUAGAGAAAUUGGUGAAACUGUAGUGAAAUUUAAUGUGUUCAAUGCUUUACUAGCACCCAAUUUCCAACCGUAUGUGUCUACAAUUGUCACUAAGGUGUAUUGUGUGAAGCCGCGUUUCUUGAAUCUGUACACCACGGAACAAAUGCGUUCGUCGUGCCCCAUGGAAAUGAAAAAUGCCUUGCUGCAGCUUAAAGAUCGUGAUGAUAAAUUUGAAAUCGAAAUUGAAGUACAGGAUGCUAAGAAUCGUAAAUUAAUGAAUAUCACAUCACUGUUUAUAGAUUGGGAAUUUGCUGCUGGAGAUCAGCGUUACCAAAGCGGUGCCAUUUUUUAUAAUCGUCAAGCGGAGCUAGAGUUUUUGGAAGGUGUACGUUUGCCGGGCAAAGAUAUUCUUGUUACCACACUCGCCGAAGUGUCACAAAAUUUCCGUAUUAAAGGUGUGGUUACCAAAUACGACGAGAAAUUGUUGAGGAAACAAGAUAUUUAUUCUGAGGAACCACCAUUCGGCGUUAAGAAUCCUAAAACGGGAGAAGUUUUUACACCUGUAAUAGAAAAUGAAAUACGUUUCAUGACUGUCAACAGCACUUUCUUCCCCUCCGAUCACAUCAGCAUAUUUUUGGCUAAAAAUAGACGCGAGCGGAUUCCUAUGUCACAGGGCAGUGGAUUUUAUGAUUUCCAACUUUCAGAAAACGGCAUCGUUAAGGUUGAAUUUGAUAACAAAGAGAAGGAAUUGAUUGUAACACCACUGCGGAUUGGUCAUACCCGUUUAGAACUAAUUGAUCGUUGUUUAAUGAAUGAACCUGCACACUUGUCCAUUUCUGUGGUUAGUAUUGGCGCCAUUCGUGUGGAAGCCGCAGAUCGUGUGGAACGCACAAAAUCUAUUGAAGCCAUUGUUAAAUUGUACGAUUCCCAUGAUAAUUUACUGCAUAUUGAUCCCUUCAAUUUGCACAUCUAUGAGUUGUCGGAAGAAGUAUUUAAUGCAAAUAUUUUAAGCAUCCAAUUAGGCGACCAGUUCGAUUUAGAUAUUGGCGAAAUAAGAUAUGUUAUUACUGGCAACAAUUUAGGUGAAACUAAAAUUGUAUUCAAUGCGGGUAGCGGAGAUUUACUGGUGUCUAGUGAACCUAACAAUUUGCAGGUAUUUCCACCGCUACGCUUGUAUCCACGAAAUUCAACUUUAGUGGUGGGUUCAAGUGUACAAAUCUAUUAUCAUGGUGGACCCCAGCCCGAUGUCAAUAUUGUAUAUUUUGUCCACGACAAGAAAGUGAUAACUAUGGAAUCGGCUAUAGUUACUGCAAAUAAAUUGGGCGAAACUAAAAUAACUGGCAAAUGUAUAAUGAAAAAUCCAACCAAUGGCAAAGAAGUAGUGAUAUCUGAAGAUACUAUUGAAGUACAUGUUUUACCUUUGAUGAAUAUAUACAUUAAAACACCACUCAUUAGAAUACGUAGUGGCGCUGUUAUGCCAGCUUCUAUAUGGGGAGUUCCUGAUCUAUCGCCCAUGGUAUUGGGUACAUUGGCUAACAUGCACGUCGUUUGGUCUACAAAUCAACCCGAUGUUGUAAAUAUUUACAACAUUUUCGCUGAUGCUGGCAUUGAAUAUUCUGAUACUGAUUUAAUUUCUGUGCGCAUUAAGGCUUUAAAUCCAGGCAAAGCUAAAAUUCAAGCAACAGUUCAAUUGCCAGGUGGUCAAAGAAUUUCCUCAUUUGUUGAAGUUGUUGUUUUUAAAACACUGGAAUUGGAACAUCCCAAGCGUAUAUCAACCGAUAGCAUUUUAUUGGCACCACGUAGUUCCAUACAAUUGAAAGCAAAUUUGGAAGAUGUCCUAUACCGCCUAUCGAGUGACAGCAAUUCAAUUGUUAAAGUGACACCAGAUGGCAUUGUACGCACUCAAGAGACUUUGGGCAGAGAUUUAGUUAUAGCAAAAACUUUCGACCAAACUUUGGCUAUUGGCAUUGAAGUGAAAAAUGUUCAAUAUAUUUUGGCCUCACUGGAGUAUCCAACAUUAAAAAUGAAACAGACCGAAGAGAAAAUACCACGUGGAAUGAAUUUCGUAUUGAAAGUUUCAUUGCAUGACAACUUGGGCAAUGAAUUUUCUCACAAUAUUGAAGAUGUGAAUGGCUUAAAAUAUGAUUUGUCGCACAAGGAUAUUGUUGAUGUUCAAAUUGGCAAUAAUUUAACCGUGGCGAUAAAUCUGCCACGUGAAACGAGCAACAUGAUUGCUAUAAGUUUAAAAGAUGCUACUGGAGUUCAGCAUGCCGAGGAUUAUAUUAAACUGUCAGUUGGUGAAUCUAAACAUAUUUAUCCUACUAAGACGAUAUUCUCUGUUGGUGACAUUAUCUGCUUCGAUUCUCCAUUACCAUUAUCAUCGUUUUGGAUGAGUUCUGAUGAACAAAUUGUCGCUAUUGAUAGACAAACAGGAGUUGGCAGAGUACUUGGAAAUCGUUAUAAAUUGGGCGAAAAAGUGCUAGUUACCAAUGGCGAUAAGGCAAGCGGCAAUUUUAUAAAAUAUGAUGUUGAAGUUCGUGAUGCCGAUGUGAUACAAUUUGCAAAGUCAUAUGAUAUUUUUAGUGGUUCGUUGUAUCGAGGACAUUUUGUUGUACGCAAUCAUUUGCAAGUGGAUAAAUUUACAAAUUUGGUGGCUAAAAACAUUUCAAAAUGUUCCAGUGUUUUGGAAAAUAUACCCGUUAAGUUGUUCACUUGUGUGCUGAAAUCGAAACAAACUUUGGGCCAACAAUUGUUGGAACACUAUAAGAUCGCACCUGUAUUUGAGGCUGAAUCGGGUCGUUACGCCUGUCAAAUUCAACUGAAGACCACAUUCAAUGAGAUCUUGAGUAUUGUGAAAACCAAUGAUAUACAUUUUGAAUUGGAGGUUUCCCUACCAACUGGUUUAACCGAUAAUCUUUCAUUAAAAUUCGUGCCUGGCGUUAAAGUGACACCAGACACUCUUUUAUCGGACGAUUUGAAAGAACAAGAUUUAACAGUAACCGGUUUAGACAAAGUUCUACAAAAAGUCGAGGUUAAACCAUCCGAUAGUUCAUUGUUAAAAGUGACAACAUAUACAAAAGCACAUGGAACACUACAAUACAAGAUAAAAUUCCUAAAGGAACUACCAUUGGAUGAACAAUUAUUUGUCCAUGUCCAUUCACCGGCAACAAUGCAGGAUAUUCAAAUUCCUGUUUUGGGCUCCACAACACUACAAAAGUGUUCCAAUCAACCGUUUAACUCUUCAUCAGCGCUGCUGGUUAAAAUUCUCUCCAAUCUGGGCUUAAUCGUUGUAGCAAUUGUCAUUUUAGCAGCUACAGUGUGGUUGUAUUUAUAUUUGAAUCCUUCAAGUGGCAGUACUCAAAUCAAUCCAGACGUAUUUUCUACGUCAAUGAAAAGCAAAGCAGGAAGCUGUUCACAAAGCAGUAGUUCAGGUUCACCGGUUGGAUCACCACUGAGAACAUCACCUCAAUCAUAUGGAAUUCGUGGUACCCCUGAGAGUGUUGGCAGUUUAUCGCCUGGAAAUGAUUCUUUAGUUUAUGGUGACACAAGUUUAGUAUCCCCUCAAAGAAGGAUACAUCGUAGAUAUUUAUGAGAUGAUAUUUUGUAAUUUAUUUAUGUUUUAUGAAAAACCAAAAAACAAAAAAAUUAAAGAAAGACACACACACACUCGUACAUACAUGCACACACACACACAAAUACCAACACUGGUUUUGUGUGAAACAAUAAAAAAAACUACUACUACACUGCCAUAAGCACACACAUACAAACUCCCAUAAAAUAUGUACACGCGAAAGCUUUGUAUAAAUGCAUACAUAUAUACAUUUGACUAUUAUUAUACCAGGAUGUAAUGUAUGUCUCUCUGUCUGUCUGUCUGACUGACUGUUCCUCUGUCGGUUGACUGUUCCAUACAGUCUUUUCUUCCUUUCUGAACUUGUUCAUUUUAUUUGUUUAUAUUUCGUAUCUGUGUGUAAAAUAUUAAAGGACGAAAACACUCAUUCAUUCAUGCACAAACUACAGACUUACUUACGCAUCCAAAUACAAACAUACAUACAUCCAUACAUACACAUAGGAUUUAUAUUUAAAUUUAAGAAGCAUUUCUCUGUUUUGUAUUUUUUUUUUGUUUGUAUUUUUAUUUUGUGUUUCUUUUCCCAUAUAUUAUUAUUUUUUAGUCUUAUUAUUAUUGUUUUUUAUUUUAUUUUUACUUUUACUCUUUUCUGGCUUUCUCUUUCUAUGCUAAAUAAAUCUGUUGUACUGUUUUUGUAUCCUUUAAUUUAUGUAUUUAGUAUAUAACUUUUCAACUGUAAGUUUGUUUUCAUUCAUUUACACAUUUAAGGAUUAAGCGUAUAAUAUUAAUUGGCUUUUUGUUUUGGUUCAAUAAAUUGAAUUCAUAUUCCUUUUUUUUACAAAAUUA